AGCGAGUGGGCGCGACCCGGCCUGCAGAGGCCCGGCCCGGCCCGCCCAGCCCCGGCGCAAGGCUGGGCCACGCGUGCCGGCGGGGCGGGCCCCGGCCUGCCAGGGUUCUCUGAUAUAUUAGAAUCACUUCACAUGCUGUUUCUGAAAUUUAAAAACCUUGAAGGCUCAAUUGACUUCAGCAAUGGGUCAAGGACUUAGCAGACUUGCCUGUCCUGUACCUGCAAGGGGUUAUGAGGUUUUUACAGGUAGAAGAAGACACGCCUGUGUUGGUUUUAGACUGUCUUUGAAUAGCCAAGACAGAGAUGAACAUCAAUACAAUGAAGACGAUGAACGAUUAGAACUGGAGGAUGUUCAGAAAGAGAAUUCUUGGGCUUCUUGUGAAAGUUCUAGUCCAAUGGUUCAAGUUCCAUCUGGUUUAUUAGAUGAGCCUUUAAUAAAAAAUACUGGAACAGGAGAAGCUGUUUGCCAAUGUAUAUCAAACCAUGCUGUUGAUGUGUACACCUUACCACUUCCUGUGUUCUCUUGUGGUCUGGAAGGCAGCCAGAACUCGGGGAACUUUAUGAAUCUUCAUGAAAAUUCUGAGGACCUUGCAGAAUACAUGUCUGGAGUGCAUAAUGAUUUGAAUAGUCAGAACGCAAUUGCUUAUGUAAACAUUGACUCUUAUGAGCUUGAUAGCAGUGAUGGAGAGGAAGAUGAUGCUGAAAACCGACUUUCUAUAGCAAGAGAAGAAGCAGGUAUAUUUCAGGAAACACUAGAUAACAUGCUUCCUGACUUAGAAAUUGUUACAGAGUCUUUUACUGAAUUACAGUCCCAAUUCUCUGCUCUCAACCACUGUCUUUCUAGAGAAUGUUGUGAAGAAGCGGGACCAAUGCCUUUAGUGAGAUAUUUUAGUAUAGAUUCAGACUUGGCAUGUUCAAACAACAGGACAGUAAAAUUUUCUGCUGAAGAUCAAGCUGUACUGAAAAGUGACCUGAAUGGUGCCAGUUAUGAAACAGAGCAGAUAAAAAAAGUGGAUGUUGGAGUUGGAACGGCUUUGGUAAUGGCUAAUGAAUUAAAUGCCAGUGGUGUGAAGACUGACCAAAGAAAUCCACUCGACCUAGUAGUGAGACCUAAAAUAAGAAAACCAAAUACUGCUAACCAGUUAGAGAGAGACAAGUUUCUUCCUAAUGUUGAUGAAGAAGAAAGUGGUUCCUGGAGGAUAACAGAAAUGGCUGAAGUCCAAUGCUACGCUGAGCAUGCCUUGAGAAACAGCAAAGAAGAGAUGAGUUCUAGAAUGUUCUUUGACUCAAGAGAGUAUCGAGAUCAUCAAAGGAACACAGAAGGAGGCCUAAGUAAAAGUGCAACAUCUCAAGAACAAAAAAGUGUUCUGGACUAUUGCACUUCUUGGGAUGAGUUUGGAUAUUUCAGCAGACACUUCUCAGUGUCUCACAAAGAUGAAGACAGCUCAGAAUGCAGUGAUGGAGAAUGCUCUGUGGCUCUGCCUGAGUAUGUUACUGCUACAGAAGGAGACCAGUCCUCAAGUGAUGAAAGCUGGGAAACUGUCCCACCUAGGAAGGAAUGUGAGCCUGGAGUGCAGAACAGUAGCAGUGGUGUAGAAGAGGAGAGCAAAGCCUUCUGUUUCCAAGGAGGGAAACAUACAUUGGAGGAAGAAGAGAUUCCUUGGUUACAUGAAGAGCUAGACAGUAGCAGUGAUGAAGAAUACAAUCCAGUUAGUGAUUUUAUGUAUCCUUUAUUCUACCUGUUGGGUGGGAAUAACAAUCUUGAGGAUGACUCCAGUGUGAGUGAAGACCUGGAUGUGGAAUGGAGACUACUUGAUGAGUUUGGUGAUGGCCUAGGACUUGCUCAAGCCAUUCCUUAUAUGGAUUCUCGGUUUCUCGCGUUCAUGGCUAUAGAGGAACACUUACAACAAGUUAUGGAGGUGGCUCUGGUGCAUUUGGAGUCUCUUGGAUUUGAUGCGGAACAGGCUCAUCCACCAGCUACUAAAGAAACCAUAGAUUGUCUGCCACAAAUAGUCGUCACAGAUGACUAUGAUGGUCAACAGCAGCGUUGUACUAUCUGUUGCAGUGAAUAUGUGAAAGAUGAAAUCAUAACAGAGCUACCCUGUCGUCAUUUGUUUCACAAACUCUGUGUAACUCUUUGGUUACAGAAAUCAGGAACAUGUCCAGUUUGUCGUCAUGUGCUUGCACCUCUGUUCCCUGAAGCAGCUGCUGCCACUGUUUCCUCUUUGUUUGAUUGUGAUUCUGCAUCUUCUGUUCACAGUGCUACAGAAGGUUCAGACUAGGGUCUGAAAUGAAAUCUUUGUCACCAAAAUAAAAAAGUAAAUUUUGCCUGUUUAAUUACAAUGUGAAAACAGUUUUGUAUAAACUAUCAGAUGCAAAAUACUAUCUAUAGCACAUAUUUUAGUUUGAAAAGAGGGUAUAAGACUUUUCUAAACUCUUUAGGUUUACCAUAAGAGCUUAAAUUUUUUUCCACACUAAGUUGGAGGACUGUGCAGUCUUUCUUUCUUAGCCGAACGUUCCUAAUAGCUAUGAUGUAUAAACCUUGUAUUAUGAUAAUUUUUUCCAAAAAGAUAAUCCAUGUGGCACUUUGUUCGUAUUCUUGCGGCUGCAGUGCAGUUGCAGUUUUAUUGAAGUUAUGUUUGUCAUCUGGUUUGUAACUGUUUUUUUAAUGUAAUAUAACUGGUUUCAUCAGUGCCACUGUGUGACUUUGUAGUUGAUCCCUCAUAUCUUCAUCAAAUUUGCAAGUGUUCUGUCAUCACAGCAGUGGGUAGAAUUUUAUGUCACUGGAAACUAAUGGAAUAAUGGAACAAUAUUUCUUACCUGUUUCUUUAAUAAUAAACAUUUUUCUGACUGUCAGAAGUACAAUUAAACUGCUGCUGCCUGGGUUGAGUUUUUUUGUAAAUGCUAGCACCAUUUUUAAGCCUGUGUCCUGAACAAGUGAGUGAAUUAUGGAACUUCAGCGUUUGAAGAUCUAAGAAUUUGCAUCUGUAUUUGUGGAGUUGGUUCCUUCAAUUUGUGUUUAAAUUCCAUUCUGCUGAUUAGGUCUCUUGCACUCUCUCCUGCAUGUUCGCAUCCUCCCUCUGCUUUUUUUUGAGAGAGAUUUAUUUUUAUAAAUAUCAGGGUUGGAGUGCUUUCUAGUGCAGAUACAGUUAAAAUAUUUUUUGUCUGGGUGUCUUAAGUCUUAAAAAGGUAGUAGAAACUUGAUACAGUUAAUUGAAGAAUACAUUUGAAUACUUGUCUGUUAGGACACUUGUAAAGUCAUUUUAGAAAUUUAAAAAUUAUUAAUGUUUCUGGAAUUUGCACUGGUUGCAGUAGGUUGUGCUGCACCCAAAAUAUUAAAGUAGAAAAGACUGGUUUCUAGGAUGUAUUUAUAUAAAUAAUACUCUAGUAUACACAAAAACUUUUAAAGACCUAGAACUAAUCAUUACGAGACAGAAAGUUAAUAUUUGAUUGUGUGUAUGUGUACUACUGGAUGCACAAAAGUUUUUCUGUGUUCAUUGGGUAUAAACACAAUUUCAAAAAUGUAGGUUCAUGGGAAUAAAAUGAGAAGUCUAAUCAAAGCCUCUUAAAACAGUUACAGAUUUUUCUGGUAACUUUGAAAUUAAGCUGAACUAAGCUCUUGGUGAUUGAGUAAAGCUAUUGAGUGAGAAUUACUAUGGCUACAAUCACUGUAACUCAUUUCUUUAUAAAUAUUUAUAUAUAUAUUUAGCAGUAGAAGAUACUAAUUUUCAUGUUUAAGGCACAUACUGAGUCUUUUGGUGCCCUUUGCAAUGUAUCUUCUGGACUGCAGAACAAAGAAUUGGUGGCAGUUGCCAUGACUUGCUCUGGAGGUUUUAGUUAUUUUAGUUAUUAUUCCAAAAAAAGUAUAAGGAAGCCAAAACCAAUCUUCCAUACCUCUUAAUAAGCUAGCGCUGUGCAGAGUGGUUGAUUCAUGUCUACCAGCUACUCCAGAUGAUAAAAUAGUAAUGCAACCUUUGACGCUCAUCUAAGGUGAAUAUGGGAUGUAUGUAAUUCAAGAGAAAGUGAAAAUGAAGACAUUUGGGUUGCUUGUAGAGAGGAAAAAAAACCCAAAACCAACAUAAUGAUGAACCUAGUAGUAUCAAAAUUGUUCUGUUAGGGCCUUUUGUUCUUUUGUAGUUCCACUUGUAGCAGAUGUUACAGGUAUUUUAACAAACUUGUACUCUAUUUCUCUCUGGAACAGCAGAAUACAUUGGCCUUCACUUACUCUCAUAAUCAAGAUGUUUUAUAAAAGAAUAACUUCUGUGGCAAGAUUUGGAAAUCCUCCUACCAGAAGCUUUUGAUUCCAGAUUUAACCAGCAAUGUCAAGAGAAGCUAAACUAGAAGCUUUUUCCUUCCUUCAUUAUAUGUUGUUGGUCUCAGCUCUGACUUCCUGUUUCUAAACAGCUGUCAAAAAGAAGAGUGUUCAUAUUUUCUUUUUUUAACUUCAAUGAAGGGGUCUUAUUCACAGGUUUUUCCUGGCUCCUCAGCUUUCUGACUCAAAAGAUAACCAGUAGAAAUGCUUAACACGAAAGAGUAAAAAAAAAAUAAAUCUAAACCUUUGGAUCAUGUCCAAA